AUGACAUUACAACAAGCAAGUACGGUGCCUAUUAAGAACGGGGAUUCGAUAGAGACAGUUACACUGAAGAAUUUAGUUGCUUUAGAUCUUGUUGAAAAAAAUGAAAAUAUAUUAAAAUUAUUUAAAUUAUUUAAUGAUUCAAAUUUAAAAUUUAAUUUAAGUGAAAAAUUAACAAAAGAAAAAUUAAAUAAUUUAAUUGAAGAAAAUAAAAAGCAAAUUGAAAUUGAACAAGAUGAAUUGAAAAAAUUAAAACAAAAUUUAAAUGAAUCAAAUAAUAAAGAUAAUGAAUUAAUAAAUAAUCUUUCAAAAGAAUUUUUAUCUAAAAAUAAUAAUGAACAAAUUGAUAAUACAAAUAAAUUAAUUGAAAAUUUCGAAAAAGAAAAUAAUGUUCAAAUUAAAUAUACUAAUAAUCCAAAUUUUUAUAAUCAACAUUCAAUAAAUUUUGGUUUAAAAAUUGAUUCAAAACCUGAAUUUCAACCUGAACCUAUAGAUCAACCAGAGCAGCAACAACAACAACAUCAACCAGAACAACCUGAACAACAACAACCAAAACCAAUCCCAGAACCUCAAUCACAACAAUAUCAACAACCACAACAACCUCAACAACCUCAACCAAUACAACAAUAA